GCGGUUCGACAGGCACGGACGCUUGGCAUAACGGUACUUCUUCGUCAGUUCGUGUUGUGUGGCAUACAACCAACCCCCCACCCCCCCCGAGAAAAGGCUCUCUUCUGAGAUUUACAGUUCGUGCGUGAACAGCGCCAUCGCCAGCUCGCACCAUCCAGCCAUCCGAAAGGCGGCCCCCUAAUCAAACAACUAGAAAGAAAGAAAAAAAAACGUGAAAAACGUAAAGCCCGUGGAGAAAAGGGCAAAAGCAGAGAGGGAAGCGAACAAACAUUCUGUAAAUAACCAUUGGAGAAGGAGGCCACCGGCGGCAAUCAAAAUGUUCGGCCAACACAAUUUGCUGGCCGCUCUGUUCAUCAUCGGCUCAUUGAUAGAUUUCAUUACGGGCCUGCGACUGGUCGAGGUCCGGAUACCGAAUUACGUGAUUAAGGGCUCCGCGGCGCAGCUGGAAUGCCUCUACGAUCUGGACGGCGAGGCCCUGUACUCGGUGAAAUGGUAUAAGGACGGCAACGAGUUCUAUCGCUAUGUGCCCAGGGAUAUGCCGCCGGCACAGACCUUCCUCCUGCCAGGUGUUAAAGUCGAUUUGCACAACUCGAGCGACGCGAUUGUUACGCUGCGCGACGUCAAUCUACAGUCGGCGGGACGCUUCCGUUGCGAGGUCUCCGGUGAGGCGCCAUCCUUCCAAACGGUCACCGAACACGGCGAUAUGGUUGUUGUGUCUCUGCCGGACCAGGGACCACCGAAGAUAAGUGGUGGCCGGCCCCGCUACCAGACUGGCGACUGGGUGCGCAUCAACUGCACGGCCGGACGCUCGAAGCCCGCCGUGGAUCUGUCGUGGUUCGUCAACGGCGAGGCCGUCGAGCCGCAGAAGCUGCGCAAAUACGACUCCAUCGUGUCCGGACGCGAGGGUCUGGAGACCUCCGUGCUGGGCCUCCAGUUUCGGGUGGAGCAGAAGCAUUUCCGCAACGGCGACAUGAAGUUGAAGUGCGUGGCCUCGCUGUCGACCUUGUAUUGGCGGAGUAACGAGGAGUCGGUCGAGGGCGAUCGCCCGCAGAAGGCGCCCGUCCUCGAGUCGCGCGAGACCGUCUACGCCAGCAACUCACGCGCCGAUCCCGUCCAAGGUAUGUCAUACCGGGAAUUAUUUGUUACCAAAAUCUUAUCGCUUUUCAUUCAAACAAAUGCAGCCAGCAAAUCGGAUUCGCUUCUGUUGGCCCGUGCGCCCAGUGCCCUGCUGCUAGUGGCCCUGGCCGCGGUGGCAGCCCUGGCUGGCGGUGGCAUCUCUGUCCCUCAGUCGAUAAAUAAAGAUCAUCAAGAAGAUGAGAAAGAGCGAAAGAAACAGCGAAAGCAUGAGAAAAACUUGAAUGAGCGAGUGAGUGGCGUGGAGCUUUCGGAGCUUUUGGCGUGUGAGUUGCUGGCGGAUUUCGAGGGGAAGAGCGCGUGCCAAAGCUCUGCGACGCGGCGGCAGCAUCGAGGAGUAACGGUGACUGCACGGUAGCUGCAUUAAGGGGUGCCCCCUCCCCCCCGUUCAACGUUUUCACCGAUUUUUCCGUCUUCGCUUUGCAUAGAAAAACACAAAACACAACAAAAAAUCAAAAAAAGAAAACAGAGAAAACAAAGA